CAAGUGUCAUAUCACAAGUAUUGUUUUGCAACUUGUGGUGUUGUGUUUAGCCGAAAUUUAUUUAUAAAUUGCUCAUAUAAUUGAAUUAAAAAUAAUCUGCUUUAGUUAUAACUUCAUCAAGUGUUUAUAGAAAUUUCAUGCAAUGUCAGACGACGAAGAAAACUUACACCGCUUAGAGGGGACUUCAUCGGAUGCUCCUUGUGGUUUAAUCAUUAAGAAGAAGGAUAAACCGCCUGAUUUUCAAUUUGCUAAGCCAUCUCUAUUAGGCUUAGAUAAAUUAGCUGCAGCUAAAAGGAAGCAAAAUCGUCUUAUUUCGUUUCAAAAUGAGGAAAUGGAAGGAGAGGAAACGGAUAACAAAGAAGAUGCUUCAGGUGUAAAAGAUAGGAAAUACAGGCGACACAAUGAAGAAACCCCAACAUAUACUGGUGGACUGUCUGAAGAGGCUAGAGAACGAAUGCUUGAACGAUUGCAAAAAAAAGAAAAAGAAAUAAGGGAGAAAGGUGUACAUUACUCUACACAAGAAGAAAAGAAAACUCGUUCUAAAGAUGAAGACGAUGACCUAUUCUAUCGUCACCGAUAUGAUAGACGUGAUAGAGAUAGAAAAGACAGGGAUAGGUAUGGUGGAAGAAAUGAUCGAGAUAGAUUAGAUAAAGAUAGACACAGGGAUUCUGAUCGGAGAGACAAGGAUAGAAAGGAUCGAGAUACAGACAGAGAUAGCUCGAGAAGGAGUUAUUAUGAACCGAGAUUUAAAGAUGAACCACGGACCCCAAGCAUUAAAGUCCUCAAACCAACUGACAAAACAGCAUGGGAUGAUGAUGACGACGAUACCAAAGGUGUUCGAAAAUCAAGCUGGGACUUCCCCACUCCUCUGCCAAGAGACGGACCAGACAAAUCUACACGUAGUGAUCGUCGACCAAUGAGAGAUUACAAGGGAAGGCCAUAUGAUGACACUGUUAGGGCUACACCACAUAAGUGGGUAAGUUCUCGACGUGGCUUAGACGUAGACGAUCCGGAAUGGCAAGAAGCUGAGAAAAAGCUAGACAGAGCUUGGUACAAUAUGGGUGAAGGUGAAACAGACGAAUCGGAUCCGUUUGCUGGCACAAGCGCUGAAUAUGUAGCUCGUAAAGAAGAACAAAUUGAAAAGAGAAGGAAUCGCAAAGUCUCUGCAGCGAGGCAACAAAUAGACAAGGACAACGAGCUGUGGGAGCGAAACAGAAUGCUAACUAGUGGUGUUGUACACGCUAUUAACAUUAAUAAUGAUUUAGAUGAGGAAAGUGUGGAUCGAGUGCAUCUCCUUGUGCAUAACAUUGUGCCUCCAUUUUUGGACGGUAGAAUAGUUUUCACUAAACAACCAGAGCCUGUCAUACCGGUCAAAGACCCAACAUCCGAUAUGGCAAUGAACGCUCGCAAAGGUUCAGCAUUGGUCAAGGCUUUUAGAGAACAGAAAGAAAGAAGGAAGGCUCAGAAGAAACAUUGGAAAUUGGAAGGAACUAAAAUAGGUAACAUAAUGGGUAUCCAGAAACAAGAGGAGGAGAUUGAUGAUGGUCCAACUAAACAGGCUUACAAAUACGCUGAACAUUUAGACAAGGAGGCCCAAGAACCAGAAUCGAAGUCAGAUUUUGUGAAAAAGAAGACAAUAUCCGAACAACGACGUUUUCUACCAGUGUUUGCUGUCAGGGAGGAAUUGAUGCAGGUUAUACGUGAAAACAGCGUUAUCAUUAUUGUUGGUGAGACCGGCAGCGGCAAGACAACGCAGCUGACGCAGUACUUGCACGAGGAGGGGUACAGCGCCCGCGGAGCAAUCGGCUGCACCCAGCCGCGCCGCGUCGCCGCCAUGUCCGUCGCCAAGCGCGUCUCCGACGAGAUGGGCGUCCGGCUCGGUCGGUGCCCUCUCACUGUAUACACUCGUGUUACAUCGGCUGCACCCAGCCGCGCCGCGUCGCCGCCAUGUCCGUCGCCAAGCGCGUCUCCGACGAGAUGGGCGUCCGGCUCGGUCGGUGCCCUCUCACUGUAUACACUCGUGUUACAUCGGCUGCACCCAGCCGCGCCGCGUCGCCGCCAUGUCCGUCGCCAAGCGCGUCUCCGACGAGAUGGGCGUCCGGCUCGGUCGGUGCCCUCUCACUGUAUACACUCGUGUUACAUCGGCUGCACCCAGCCGCGCCGCGUCGCCGCCAUGUCCGUCGCCAAGCGCGUCUCCGACGAGAUGGGCGUCCGGCUCGGUCGGUGCCCUCUCACUGUAUACACUCGUGUUACAUCGGCUGCACCCAGCCGCGCCGCGUCGCCGCCAUGUCCGUCGCCAAGCGCGUCUCCGACGAGAUGGGCGUCCGGCUCGGUCGGUGCCCUCUCACUGUAUACACUCGUGUUACAUCGGCUGCACCCAGCCGCGCCGCGUCGCCGCCAUGUCCGUCGCCAAGCGCGUCUCCGACGAGAUGGGCGUCCGGCUCGGUCGGUGCCCUCUCACUGUAUACACUCGUGUUACAUCGGCUGCACCCAGCCGCGCCGCGUCGCCGCCAUGUCCGUCGCCAAGCGCGUCUCCGACGAGAUGGGCGUCCGGCUCGGAGAGGAAGUCGGGUAUGCCAUACGUUUCGAAGACUGCACGUCCCCCAACACCGUGAUCAAGUAUAUGACGGACGGUAUCUUACUGAGGGAGGGUCUCCGUGAGCCAGACCUGGACCAGUACUGCGCUGUUAUCAUGGACGAAGCCCACGAACGUUCUCUGUCUACGGAUAUGCUGUUCGGUCUACUGAGAGAGGUAGUCGCAAGAAGGUCUGACUUGAAGUUGAUCGUGACGUCAGCGACCAUGGACUCAACCAAGUUUUCGACGUUCUUUGGCAACGUGCCAACAUUCACGAUUCCCGGACGAACCUUCCCGGUCGAAACGUUCUACGCUAAAAAUGUAUGCGAGGACUACGUCGACGGCGCUGUUAAACAAGCGCUUCAAAUACACUUACAACCCGAUGAUGGCGAUAUCCUGAUAUUCAUGCCUGGACAAGAGGACAUUGAAGUCACUUGUGAGGUGCUCACCGAGCGUCUAGGUGAUCUUGACACAGCUCCGCCGUUAACAGUUCUACCGAUAUACUCCCAACUUCCAGCUGACCUGCAAGCGAAGAUAUUUCAACGCGCUCCACCUGGACAGAGGAAGUGCAUUGUGGCUACCAAUAUUGCUGAAACAUCUCUCACCGUAGACGGUAUUAUGUACGUCAUCGACUGCGGAUAUUGUAAGUUGAAAGUGUACAAUCCCAGAAUCGGUAUGGACGCCUUGCAGAUAUACCCAGUUAGCCAAGCAAACGCUCGACAAAGAGCUGGUCGAGCUGGUAGAACAGGUCCAGGCAAGGCUUUCUGCCUCUACACGCAAAGGCAGUUCCAGCAGGAGUUGCUACCGGCCACUGUUCCCGAAAUACAGAGAACAAAUCUAGCGAACACCGUCCUCUUGCUGAAGUCUCUGGGAGUUGAAGAUCUUCUAGCUUUUCACUUUAUGGAUCCACCUCCUCAGGACACGAUCCUGAACUCCAUGUACCAGCUGUGGAUCCUGGGCGCGCUGGACGGCACGGGCGCGCUGACGGCGCUGGGGCGGCAGAUGGCCGAGUUCCCGCUCGACCCCCCGCAGUGCCACAUGCUCAUCGUGUCCGCCGAGAUGGGCUGCAGCGCCGAAGUGCUCAUUAUCGUGUCAAUGUUAUCUGUGCCGACGGUGUUCUACCGUCCUCAAGGGCGGGAAGAGGAAGCGGACUCGGUCAAGGAAAAGUUCCAAGUACCGGAAUCUGAUCAUCUCACGCUCCUGCACUUGUAUAACCAGUGGAAGUCCAACAACUACUCGAGCUCGUGGUGCACGGAGCACUUCGUGCACGCCAAGGCGCUCCGCAAAGUGCGCGAGGUGCGCCAGCAGCUGCGGGACAUCCUCACGCAGCAGCGCCUGCCGCUCGUGUCGUGCGGGACCGACUGGGACACCGUGCGGAAGUGCAUCUGCUCCGCGUAUUUCCAACAAGCCGCUCGGCUAAAGGGUAUCGGCGAGUACGUUAACUGCAGAACGGGCAUGCCAUGCCAUUUGCAUCCCACUUCCGCGCUCUUCGGUCUCGGGAACUCGCCGGACUACGUGGUGUACCACGAGCUGAUGAUGACCACGAAAGAGUACAUGCACUGCGUGACCGCGGUGGACGGUCGCUGGCUUGCAGAGCUCGGACCCAUGUUCUUCUCAGUCAAGGAGACUGGCAAGUCGAAUCGUGACAAGCGCAAAGAGGCAGCGGUACACUUACAGCGUAUGGAGGAAGAAAUGAAGCAAGCUGAAAUAAAAAUGGCAGAAGAGAAGAAGAAGAAGGAACAGGAAGUUCCCGUGAAGCAGGAGAUCGCUACGCCGGGCCUCAACACGCCUCGCCGUACUCCGCAUCGCCUUGGAUUGUAAUACAAGGAUUUUUGAAUCAAUUUAAAUAGUAAUUAUUAAAAAAACAAUCGCAGUAGUAUUUUAUUAGGUUUAUUUUUCGGUACUUAUAUUACAAUUAGAACUAUUUUCCAGACAAAUAUUUUGACUGACAAAAUGAUUUCUAAAUAGUUUUGACUAAAGGUAAGGUUUGUAUAAGAUAUACAAUUUAAAUUUUGCCGAGAAGAAUCGACAAUAAACUCGGUAGUUACUCUUGAAUGAAUCAUAUAAUAUAAUCAUAUAAUGCUAUAUAUUCGCGUUGGUGUAAGGGUUCGCGCUGGGUUUAAUUGUUUUAUUUUGAACGAAACCGUGAACGUUGCGAGUGUAGUAGUGUUUCUACCCUCGUGUAGAGCCGGCUUAAUAAUCAUAUACAGUAAAUGAAUAUCAGGUAAUUGCCUAAUUUUUUUGCAAAUUGCAAAACAAUAGACAAUUAACUGAUAUUAAUAAAGCAAGUCAUCAGAAAUAAGAAUAACCUUAGCCAAUUGUAUAUUUGACAGUGUUGCCAGUCAAAAGUAAUUUUACCGAAAAUUGUAUCGAACUGUAAUUUUAAUAAUGUUAAAUUUUUUUUUAUAAAAAGUACAAUGUAGAAAAAUAU